AUACACUCGAGAUUCUCAACGAAUACGUUUCCCAGCUGGGAUCGUGCUCAACCUAUGCGUAUCUUGGGCCACAAUGGAGAAAUCAACACACUUAAAGGCAAUAUAAACUGGAUGAAGGCACGGGAGGGUCUAUUAAAGUGUAACGAGCUUGGCCUCUCAAAUAAUGAGUUGAAGAAGCUUCUACCAUUUGUGGAUGGCAGUUCAUCUGAUUCAGGAGCUUUCGAUGGUGUCCUUGAGCUUCUUGUUCGAGCUGGUAGAAGCCUCCCUGAAGCGAUGAUGAUGAUGAUUCCUGAAGCAUGGCAAAAUGACAAGAAUAUGGAUCCUAAUCGAAAGGCGCUAUAUGAAUACUUCUCUGCUCUAAUGGAGCCAUGGGAUGGGCCAGCUCUUAUAUCAUUUACUGAUGGCCGCUAUCUGGGAGCAACUUUGGAUCGCAAUGGGCUGCGGCCCGGUCGUUUCUACAUCACCCACAGUGGACGAGUUAUAAUGGCCAGUGAAGUUGGCGUAGUAGACAUUCCACCUGAAGAUGUGUAUAGGAAAGGAAGACUAAACCCUGGCAUGAUGCUUUUGGUUGAUUUUGAAAAUCAUAUUGUGGUCGAUGAUGAAGCCCUGAAGCAGCAAUACUCACUUGCGAGGCCUUAUGGCGAGUGGCUUAAAAGGCAAAAAAUUGAACUCAAGGACAUAGUUGAGUCUGUUCAUGAAUCGGAAAGGAUCCCUCCUCCCCUUGCGGGAGUGAUUCCAGCAUCUAGUGAUGAUGACAACAUGGAAAACGCGGGCAUUCAUGGUUUAUUGGCUCCAUUGAAAGCUUUUGGUUACACUGUUGAAGCCUUGGAAAUGUUGUUGCUUCCUAUGGCAAAAGAUGGUGUGGAGGCCCUUGGUUCUAUGGGAAACGACACUCCGUUGGCUGUAAUGUCUAACAGAGAAAAGCUCACUUUUGAGUACUUCAAGCAAAUGUUUGCCCAAGUAACAAACCCUCCAAUUGAUCCUAUUCGGGAGAAGAUAGUCACCUCCAUGGAAUGUAUGAUUGGUCCGGAGGGUGACCUGACAGAAACCACUGAAGAACAAUGUCAUCGUCUUUCACUGAAAGGUCCUCUUUUAUCCAUCAAAGAAACAGAGGCAAUAAAAAAGAUGAAUUAUAGAGGUUGGCGAAGCAAAGUUCUAGACAUAACUUAUUCCAAAGACAGAGGUAGCAAGGGAUUGGAGGAGACCUUGGAUAGGCUUUGUGCUGAAGCGCACGAUGCAAUUAAGGAGGGUUGUACGUUACUUGUGCUUUCUGAUAGAGCUUUCUCGCCUAAGCGUGUUGCGGUAAGCUCCCUCUUGGCUGUUGGUGCGGUUCAUCAAUAUCUCGUUAAAAAGCUUGAGCGCACCCAAGUUGGGUUGAUAGUUGAAACUGCUGAACCACGUGAAGUGCACCAUUUCUGUACGCUUGUUGGGUUUGGUGCAGAUGCUAUAUGCCCAUACUUGGCAAUAGAAGCCAUUUGGAGACUGCAAGUUGAUGGAAAGAUCCCACCAAAAUCGAGUGGUGAGUUCCACUCAAAGGAAGAGCUGGUCAAAACGUACUUCAAAGCAACCAGCUAUGGAAUGAUGAAGGUUCUUGCCAAGAUGGGGAUAUCAACUUUGGCCUCUUACAAGGGUGCUCAGAUUUUUGAAGCUCUGGGUCUUUCUUCAGAAGUGAUUGAGAGGUGCUUUGCUGGAACUCCAAGUAGAGUUGAGGGUGCAACAUUUGAGAUGCUUGCUCGUGAUGCAUUUCAUCUGCAUGAGUUGGCGUUUCCCUCUCGGGCUUUUCCUCCCAAAAGUGCAGAAGCUGUUGCACUGCCAAACCCAGGUGAUUAUCAUUGGAGGAAAGGUGGUGAGAUUCACCUGAAUGAUCCCCUUGCUAUAUCCAAGUUGCAGGAGGCUGCCCGAACCAACAGUGUUGCUGCCUACAAAGAAUACUCUAAGCUUAUUCAUCAAUUGAAUAAAGCCUGCAAUUUACGGGGCCUAUUGAAAUUUAAAGAGGCAGAGGCGAAAGUUCCUUUGGAUGAAGUGGAACCUGCCAGUGAGAUUGUCAAACGGUUCUGUACUGGGGCCAUGAGUUAUGGAUCGAUAUCGUUGGAGGCCCACACAACAUUGGCUAUUGCUAUGAAUAAAAUUGGAGGAAAAUCAAAUACAGGUGAGGGAGGUGAGCAACCAUCUCGUAUGGAGCCUCUUCCAGAUGGUUCAAAGAACCCAAAAAGAAGCGCAAUUAAGCAGGUUGCAAGUGGGAGGUUCGGAGUUUCAAGUUAUUACCUUACCAACGCCGAUGAAUUACAGAUAAAAAUGGCUCAGGGGGCCAAGCCUGGUGAAGGAGGUGAACUUCCUGGCCACAAAGUUGUAGGAGAAAUUGCGGUCACCAGGAAUUCUACUGCAGGGGUGGGACUUAUUAGUCCACCACCCCAUCAUGAUAUAUAUUCAAUCGAAGACCUUGCCCAGUUAAUUCAUGAUCUUAAGAACUCGAACCCUGCUGCUCGAAUUAGUGUGAAGUUGGUAUCUGAAGCUGGUGUGGGAGUAGUUGCUAGUGGAGUAGUCAAGGGGCAUGCUGACCAUGUCUUGAUCUCUGGUCAUGAUGGAGGUACAGGGGCCUCUAGAUGGACUGGGAUUAAGAAUGCUGGGCUACCAUGGGAACUCGGUUUAGCAGAGACUCACCAGACAUUGGUUGCUAAUGACCUUCGUGGCCGAACGGUUCUCCAGACAGAUGGUCAACUGAAAACUGGAAGAGAUGUGGCCAUAGCAGCCCUUCUUGGUGCGGAAGAGUUUGGCUUCAGCACAGCACCUCUCAUAACUCUUGGUUGCAUCAUGAUGCGGAAGUGCCACAAAAAUACCUGUCCUGUUGGCAUUGCUACUCAAGAUCCAGUGCUUCGGGAGAAGUUUGCUGGGGAACCAGAACAUGUUAUAAACUUUUUCUUCAUGGUAGCAGAAGAAAUGAGGGAAAUUAUGUCACAGCUUGGAUUUCGAACUGUAAAUGAGAUGGUUGGCCGUUCGGAUAUGCUUGAAGUGGAUAAAGAAGUGACUAGAAACAAUGAGAAGCUGGAGAAUAUUGAUCUCUCCCUAUUACUUAGACCUGCUGCUGAACUUCGGCCUGAAGCUGCACAGUACUGUGUCCAGAAACAGGAUCAUGGCUUGGACAUUGCAUUGGACCAAAAACUUAUUCCACUUUCCAAAGCUGCAUUAGAAAAGGGUCUUCCCGUAUACAUUGAAACACCAAUCUGCAAUGUGAACCGUGCUGUUGGAACUAUGCUUAGCCAUGAAGUGACUAAGCACUAUCAAAUGGCAGGGCUUCCUUCGGACACCAUCCAUAUCAAAUUCAGUGGAAGUGCAGGUCAGAGCCUCGGAGCGUUCCUCUGCCCCGGAAUCACGCUUGAGCUUGAAGGUGACAGCAAUGACUAUGUUGGUAAAGGGUUAUCGGGUGGCAAGAUUGUAGUUUAUCCUCCAAAGGAAAGCAAAUUUGAUCCGAAAGAAAACAUUGUAAUAGGUAACGUGGCUCUCUAUGGGGCAACGAGUGGGGAGGCAUACUUCAAUGGGAUGGCAGCAGAAAGAUUCUGCGUACGGAAUUCAGGAGCUAAGGCAGUUGUGGAAGGUGUUGGUGAUCAUGGAUGUGAGUAUAUGACUGGUGGGACUGUUGUUGUGCUUGGAAAAACUGGCAGGAAUUUUGCUGCAGGUAUGAGUGGUGGUAUUGCUUAUGUUCUUGAUGUGGAAGGAAAAUUCCAAUCUCGGUGCAAUCCUGAGCUCGUAGAUCUUGAUAAAGUUGAAGAAGAAGAGGACGUGAUGACUCUUAGAAUCAUGGUUCAGCAACAUCAGCGUCACACAAACAGCCAGCUAGCCAAAGAAGUACUUGCUAACUUUGAGAAUCUUCUGCCUAAAUUCAUUAAAGUUAUACCCAGGGAGUAUAAACGGGUUCUUGCAAGCUUGAAAGUAGAGGGAGCCUCCAAGGAGGCUGCGGAACAUGCUGCUAAGGAACAAGAUGAGGCAGAACUAAUGGAAAAAGAUGCUUUUGAACAGCUUAAGAAGUUAGCAGCUGCAUCUUUGAAUGAGAAAUCCAAUCAGAAGGUAGAAGAGGCUAAAUCAUUGAAGAGGCCUACUCAGGUUACUGAUGCUGUUAAACAUCGAGGUUUCGUUUCUUAUGAGCGUGAAGGUGUUCAAUACAGGGAUCCUAGUGUUCGGAUGAAUGACUGGGAGGAAGUUACGGAGGAAUCAAAACCUGGCCCACUUUUAAAGACUCAAUCCGCACGUUGCAUGGACUGUGGUACUCCUUUCUGCCAUCAGGAGAAUUCUGGAUGUCCUCUUGGAAACAAAAUACCUGAAUUUAAUGAGUUAGUGUACCAAAAUAGGUGGCGUGAGGCAUUAGACCGGCUCAUUGAGACAAAUAACUUCCCGGAGUUCACUGGCAGAGUGUGUCCUGCACCUUGUGAAGGUUCUUGUGUUCUGGGCAUUAUUGAGAAUCCUGUAUCUAUCAAGAGCAUUGAGUGUGCCAUUAUAGACAAGGCGUUUGAGGAGGGAUGGAUGGUACCACGACCUCCCCUCAAGAGAACAGGGAAAAGAGUAGCGAUUGUUGGAAGUGGACCAGCUGGAUUGGCUGCUGCUGAUCAGCUAAACAGAAUAGGUCACAUAGUGACCGUGUAUGAGCGUGCUGACAGAAUUGGAGGGCUUAUGAUGUAUGGUGUUCCAAACAUGAAGACUGACAAAGUGGAUGUAGUUCUACGGAGGGUGAACCUUAUGGCCCAAGAAGGUGUCAAUUUUGUGGUUAAUGCUAGUGUUGGAACUGAUCCCUUAUACUCUCUUGAUCGGCUCCGAGAGGAGAAUGAUGCUGUUGUUUUGGCUGUAGGAGCCACAAAACCAAGGGACCUUCCCGUACCUGGACGGGAGCUAUCAGGAGUCCAUUUUGCUAUGGAGUUUCUUCAUGCAAACACUAAAAGCUUGCUUGAUAGCAAUCUCCAGGAUGGUAACUACAUUUCUGCCAAGGGAAAGAAAGUUGUGGUCAUUGGUGGAGGUGACACUGGCACUGACUGCAUAGGGACAUCUAUUCGGCAUGGCUGUAGUAGUGUCGUAAAUUUGGAGCUUCAACCCCAACCACCGCAAACUAGGGCACCAGGGAACCCCUGGCCACAGUGGCCUCGUGUAUUCCGUGUAGACUACGGGCAUCAGGAAGCUUCUUCCAAGUUUGGAAAAGACCCAAGAUCUUAUGAGGUAUUGACUAAGCGGUUUGUGGGAGAUGAGAAUGGAGCAUUGAAAGGACUGGAAGUUAUACGUGUCCGCUGGGAGAAGGAUGCUAGUGGAAAGUUUCAGUAUAAGGAAGUUGAGGGCUCUGAGGAGAUCAUUGAGGCUGACCUUGUCCUACUAGCCAUGGGUUUCCUUGGCCCUGAGUCGACGGUGGCAGAGAAGUUGGGAGUGGAACGAGACAAUCGAUCAAACUUCAAGGCAGAGUAUGGUCGUUUCUCAACUAGUGUGGAUGGGGUCUUUGCAGCUGGGGAUUGCCGGCGUGGCCAGUCGCUGGUGGUAUGGGCAAUCUCUGAAGGCCGGCAAGCUGCUGCACAGGUUGACAAGUAUCUUAUAAGAGAAGAAAAAGACCUUGCUGUUAGCCCUGGGAUCAAGGAAAACCUUAUCAAGAGGCAUCAUGACCUUACCAAGAGGCACCAGGACAGCAGCAAACACACAGUAAUGACAUAGGUGACCUCCAAUUUUCUUUCCCAUACAGUAUUCAAAAGAAAAGAAAUACAGAAAAACUAUUCCUAAAUUGGUCUUUCUCAAGUACAAACCAACGAGCGAUGCCAAGGGACUCUAAAUUGGUCUUUCUAAACUCGAGGCCAAGGGACUCUUGAAAGGUUUUGCAGGAGGAAAAAGUGGUUUCCGUGGUAUGAUUUUGCAGAAGCCAGUGGUAGCUUGAAUUGGGCUGGGUAUAGUGUUCAAUUUCUUCAUUAAUAAUGUUUAUAGUUUAUACUCCCCGUUGUUUAAAAGGAUUAGCUCAUGUGGUUGUUUAUUAAGGAAUAAUGUACAGUUUUGUUUCAUAAUUUAUUUUUUAAGAAUUAUAUAUUGGAAAUGUUUGAUAUUGUAUUGGAAUGAACUUUCGAGGUUGCCAAGCAUGCUUGAAUUAUACAAUAGUUACGAAAUCUUUUGAAUUGAUAUUUUAUUGAGUUGUUGUUUAA